CUUGUGCGUUGUAUCUCGGACCUCGGCAUCGGCCUCUAUUAAUUUAGACUUGUUCUAUGUUUGUUUUCCCUGAUGGUGGUGGUGGUGUUCUCGGUCAGAUGACGGGGUUUCGCUACGCAAACGACAAUAAAUAAUUAAGUAAAAUAGAUUUAGAGCGACGAAGAAGUCGAGAAGGAAAAGAAAUAGCUCAAGACAGAAACUCCUCUGUCUCUGCCUAAUGCUAAGUUGCAGAGAAGAGAAAUAGAGUGUAUCUGUGUGUGUGAAAGAGAGAAGAACCUCAACUCCACAUGCCCUUUCUACCUUUCAGAAAGGAUGGCAGAGGAUGUAUGUUUCUUCAGCAAGGAUGCCCUCAUCAUAAAGCCCCCCAAGAAAUCUCCAUUGGUAUUGAGGAUGGUAGUGUUAAUGUUUGCAAUGGUUUGUGGUGUUUAUAUAUGCUCAAUCUGUCUAAAACAAAUCAACACCCAUACAAAGAUGGUAAGCGUCCAGGUGAUCGAUAGGCCUUGUCAUGCUUCCCGUAUCGAAGAAUGGGAAAUUCCGUAUGUACAUUACCCAAAACCCAACACCUAUAGCAGCAGAGAUGAGUGCAAAUGCAAUCCUGUGCGAUUCUUUGCCAUCUUGUCGAUGCAGAGAUCCGGGAGUGGAUGGUUUGAAACAUUGUUGAACAGCCAUAUUAACGUAAGCUCAAAUGGGGAAAUCUUCUCUGCAAAAGACAGGAGGAGUAAUGUUUCAGCAAUAGUGAAGACACUGGAUAAAGUUUAUAAUCUGGACUGGUUCAGUAGUGCAUCCAAGAAUGAGUGCUCAGCUGCAGUUGGCUUCAAGUGGAUGCUUAAUCAGGGUGUGAUGGAGCAUCACCAAGCAAUAGUGGAGUACUUCAAUAGGAGAGGUGUUUCUGCAAUAUUCCUCUUCCGAAGAAAUCUUCUGCGCAGGAUGAUUUCAGUUCUCGCAAACUCUUACGAUCGAGAUGCUAAGCUACUAAAUGGGACUCACAAGUCUCAUGUGCACUCACUAGAUGAGGCUAAGAUACUUGCAAAUUACAAGCCCAUAAUUAAUGCCACACUACUGAUAUCCGAUCUGAAGCAAGUGGAGGACACAGCUGCCAAGGCUUUAGAAUAUUUCAGUAGUACACGCCACACCAUUCUUUACUAUGAAGAUCUUGUAACCAAUCAUACAAAGCUGAUAGAUGUUCAAGAGUUCUUGAGAGUGCCAGAGAUGGAUCUGAAGAGCCGUCAGGUGAAGAUACACAAGGGGACCUUAUCAAAUCAGGUUGUAAACUGGGAUGAUGUCCACAAAACAUUGAAGGGGACACAGUAUGAGAGUUUCCUCCACGCAGACUAUUAAAUGUGGUUGACCUCACAACACUUGGGUAAUGUAAAUUACACCUUUCGUUUUUGUUUUUGUUUUUUUUUUUUUUUUUUUUUUUUUUUUUUUUUUUUUUUUUUUUUUUUUUUUUGUCACAAAGAGCAAAGAAUAGAAUCCCACUCCCUGAAAAUUUUGGUCGCGGCAACAGGUUUGAUGCUUCCUUUUUUUCUGUUUCCUUCAAUGAGUUCAAUCCUCCCAAUUUACACUUGGUUGAGCCCUUUGUUCUUUUUCUUUUUAUCUUUUUUUUUCACACAAGGACGUCAUGUAAAAUUUAAAUUAAUCAAUCUGAGUGAAUAUCAAAAUCUCAGAAGUACAA